UCAUUUCAGAGGCGGCUAAUGAGACCCAUCAGGCUUCCUGAACAGUCCGUAGGCCGGAGGAGCAGGGCGGAGGUGUUCGAAGGUGGGAUUUAUGGGGCAAUAAAACGGGUUGUUGUGAUUGGAAACGGCUUCUCUGGAGCUGAGAGUCAAUGCAUCGGCUUGGUUCGGGCUUUAGGCCUCUCGGGUUGUCAUUCCUUAUACCGUGUUACAAGGCCAAGAGGAGGGAUUAAUGGGUGGCUUCAUUGGCUUCCAGUUUCUCUUCAUAAAAAGGUGAAUUAUAUUAUGAGGCAAAUUUAUUCACCAUUUCAAAUGGAAGCUAGAGGGGAUGAAGUGGUGCCUUUUGCAGUUCAAAAAACAGGCUUAUCCAAUGUUCUAGAAGCUGAUGCCAAGCAAAUUGCAAAGAUGGCUCGUGAUACAUUUGACAAGGAUGGUCCUCUGUUGGUGGUCGCAUCUGGUCGGGAUACAAUUCCUGUUGCGAGCUCCAUUAAACGGUUAGCUCCAGAAAAUGUUUUUGUUGUUCAGAUACAACAUCCACGGUCACAGCUGAAUAGGUUUGAUUUAGUUAUUACUCCACGUCAUGAUUUUUAUCCAUUGACUCCUCAUGCACAGAAACAAAUUCCUUGGUUUCUCCGGAGGUGGAUAACUCCCCGUGAACCUCCUGAUAGAUGUGUGGUUCUAACUGUGGGAGCUCUUCAUCAGGCUGAUUCUGCUGCUCUCAGAAGUGCUGCUUCUGUCUGGCACUAUGAACUGUCACCACUUCCAAAGCCCUUGCUUGUUGUCAACAUUGGAGGGCCAACAAGCAGCUGCCAAUAUGGUGUGGAUCUUGCAAAGCAGUUAACAGCUAUGCUGCAGAAUGUCCUUUGGAGUUGUGGCAGCCUUAGAAUAUCUUUCUCUAGAAGGACUCCUGAGAAGGUAUCAAAAAUCUUAUUGAAAGAGUUCAGUGCUAAUCCAAAGGUUUACAUCUGGGUUGGUGAAGGUCCUAACCCACAUAUGGGACAUCUAGCUUGGGCCAAUGCUUUUGUUAUCACAGCUGACUCAGUAAGCAUGUUGAGUGAGGCUUGCACUACUGGAAAACCAGUCUAUGUUGUAGGAGCUGAGAGAUGUACAUGGAAGUUUGCAGACUUCCAAAAGUCUCUGCAGGAACGAGGAGUGGUUCGCCCUUUCACCGGCAAAGAGGAUAUUUCUGAGAGCUGGGGGUAUCCUCCAUUAAAUGAUACUGCAGAGGCUGCUAGCCAGGUGAUCAAGGCACUUGCUGAGCGUGGAUGGACAAUUCAUACAUAAUCAGCUUCUAGCAUUUGAUUAUUGGGCAAGCAUUUGCAAUUGCUUCCUUCUGUGAUCAGAGUUUCAUCCGGUUUUUACCAAUAGAGUGAUCUGCUUUUACACAAAUGUCCAAUGGCUUACACAUGAUAAAAGUUGUCCUUUUUUUUCACAAUCAAUUUUGUCACACCUUGUUUGUUGUCCCACACCACUACAAUUUUGAGCAGAAGAGCCUGUUAUGUUAGCUAAAAAGCAGACAUGAAUUCUACUGCAUUCAUCAUGUUUUGGUCCAAAUUCUAGUCAAUGAAAGAAUCACAGUUUUAUUUUGCUCCAGCUCCUCUGUGAAAUAUGUAGAUUAUGAACUAGAUAGUAGAUGCACAAUUAAA